AUCUUCUAUCUGCUUUGGUAGUUCACCCUGGAUCCAUCAUGGCGGCUAACAGAAUAGCAUGUAUGGGUCUAAACGCCCUUUAUUCCACCGUUUACGCACCGAAACAGGCGCUGCGGAGCUGCUGGGGAGCAGUGGACCAGCUGAGAAGUUACUACGUUGACUGGAGGAUGCUGAGGGAUGUCAAGAGAAGACAAAUGGCCUUUGAGCUGGCUGAUGAGAGGACACGUAUCAAUGCACUGCGGAAGAACACCAUCUUGCCUAAAGAACUCCAGGAAAUAGCAGACAAGGAGAUCGCAGCACUACCCAGAGACAGCUGCCCUGUGAGGAUACGCAACAGGUGUGUGUUGACCUCCCGACCUCGGGGAGUGAAGAGAAGAUGGAGACUAAGUCGUAUUGUCUUUCGGCAUCUAGCUGACCACAACCAGAUGUCUGGAAUCUUGAGGGCAAGGUGGUGACUGUGCCCAUGUUGGACUUGUUUUACACAGAUUGUGUCAUUAAAAACCCGGCUGUUUGACAGGAGGGAGGACAUCAGCGCUUCAAACUUGUGGAUAUGUGCUGUUUGCUGUACAAUAAUCUGCAUUUGUUUUCCCCUCUUAAGUAAACUAAAAUCAAAAAAAGAAAAAAAAAAUGUUUGUUUCAUUGUACACAUUAAAGAGAUGAUAAAAUCUUGCUGGAAAUUAUGUUGCUCAUAGGCUGUUUUAUUAAGAUAUACACAAAGCAUAUCAGUCUUAUGAAAAACAAGACACUGUCCUACUAUUGUAAGAUGCGUCUCCUUUUAAUGUCAGAAAUGCAUUAAAAGCUAAGCAAUGAUUAAA